AUGUUUUGUACUGGACUCUCUCCUAGUUUGGACAACCUCUACAUCGAAGGCGAGCAUCGUACCCUAGAUGAGGUUCUGCAGGUCCUUCCUUCCCGUACACAACGCUCUGGUAGACUUCGCACCCUUGAAGCCUUACCCGAGUGUCUCGUGGACAAAAUGUCCGGCAUGCAUGCUCUCAGUGUGCGGACUCGUCUUCAUCGACCGCAAGUUGAUCAGUCCUAUCUAAAUUCCCCUGAUGGCUGCUUUGAUUCUGGUAGACCGAUCCAAGAUGCCGUCUUCACCGUCUUCAUUUACCGGCCUAUGACGACUGUCACAGACUGCAGUAACAGCCCCUGGAAACUUAUUGUAGAUCAGCGGAUCGAAAUUCUCGGCUCCCAGUCCCUGAGUGCGCUUCGUGAUGCAAUCCGCUGUCCACAAGACAUGAUCUGGUUAGGUGACUGCAGUGAAGCUCUGGACAAACCGGAACUGCAUAUCCCCGCGCGUCUAGUCUACACUUCUGCCUACUUCUUCAUUGAAAACAUAUUCUACGAUGACCUUCGGGAUCCCAAGUCAACUGCUCUAAGCGCAAGUGUCAUCGAUUGGCAUAACAAUAAGGUGGGCGUGUCGGACAAGGACCAUUUCACUGCAGCAAACACCGACACCCUGCUCGGUGACUUGAAGUUACAUCUUGGUAAACCCUACCUUUAUCUUCAUCAGGGGAAUUGUGAACACGUAAUUAUUUUCGCGGAUAUAAGGAUGACCGAUCGAACGUGUGCCCAGUCUGCCUCCAAAUAUCCCAUCUGCACGGGCCGUUCGUUCACCUGUGUGUACAAGUGCACUGUCUGCAAGCACCUUGCAACACAAUGGCUUGUCUAUGAUGCUGGAGAAAUCCUGCCAAGGGACCCUGCCGCUCUGUGCGACGUAUGCCUACGUCAUCUGCUUUAUACGGAAGACGGGAAGAAGAUACAUCCCAAUUUCCGAGUACAGAAGUACUUUGGACACGAACUAGCCCGCUAG